GGACAGCGGGUGGAAGAGAAGAUGCUUAUGGCCCGAGACACGGCGCGGGAUGAGGCUCAAAAGCUACACAGGAAGUGGCUGAAGCACCAGGCCUUUAUGGCUGAGCUGGCCCGCAAUAAAGAAUGGCUGGCCAAGAUAGAACAGGAGGGUCAGGAGCUGAUCCAGGAGAAGCCGGAGCUGCGCUCAGUUGUUCAGCAGAAGCUGGAGGAGAUCAGAGAGUGCUGGUCCGACCUGGAGAGCACAACCAAGGCCAAGGCCCGCCAGCUCUUUGAAAACAACAAGCCUGAGCCAGCAGUGAAGAGCUACUCAGACCUAGACAACCAGCUCUCCCACCUUGAGCAGCAGCCCCCCCAGCUGGAACAGGCACACCAUCUGCCUACCUUCAAUGAGCAGCUCCAGAAAUUCCAGGCUAUGGAGUCUCAGAUAGGGGACUUUUACAAGGAUGUGGGAGACCUGGGAAGCUUGCAAGGGGUCUGCCUACCCCAGCGAGGGCUGAUGACAGAUGACAGGGAGGGCGGCGAACAGUCAGGUGUAGUCGAGACCCGCAUCGUCCGCCUCAUUGAACCCCUGAAGGAGAGACGUCGCAUUCUGUUGGCUUCCAAAGAGAUGCAUCAAGUCGCCCAGGACCUGGAGGAUGAGAUACUGUGGAUUCAGGAGAGGCUUCCCUUGGCCUCCUGUAAGGAUUAUGGGAAUAACCUCCAGAGUGUACAGCAGCAUGUAAAAAAGAACCAGACACUCCAGAGGGAGCUGACAGGGCGACGGGCUCGUGUCGAAGAGGUUCUGGACCGGGCGGGGAUCAUUGCUUCGCUGAGGACUCCUGAGGUGGAGUUUGUGCGUGAAGGGGCGGGGCAUGUGCGCCAGCUGUGGGAGGUUUUACAGCUGGAGACAGAGAGGAGGUGUGUGAUGCUGGACGCCACGCUGCAGGCUCAGCAGUACUACAGCGAGGCAGCUAAAGUAGAGUCCUGGCUGUCAGGUCAGAAGCUCCAUCUGGUUAAUGAAGAAAAAGGCACGGACGAGGUGAGCACCCUGCAGUUGCUGAAGGCACACCUGGCUCUGGAGCAAACAGUGGAGACAUAUUCAGAGACAGUGGGCAUGCUAUCCCAGCAAUGCCAGCGUCUACUGGAGCUUGGACACCCAGAAAGUGAGCAGAUCACCAAGCAGCAGUCCCACAUAGACCGACUGUAUGUGUCUCUGAAGGACAUGGUGGAGCACAGGAAGACCAAGCUGGAGCAGCAGUACUGGCUCUAUCAGCUCAACAAGGAGGUGGAGGAGUUAGAGAAGUGGAUCACUGAGCGAGAGACAGUGGCCAGUUCCACUGAGCUGGGCCAAGACCUCGAGGAUGUCACGGUUCUUCAGGAGAGAUUCACCAAAUUUUCCUCAGAGACAAACAGCAUUGGCCAGCAGCGCAUGGAGCAGGUGAACAAAAUGGUCAACGAAAUGAUCGACUGCGGCCACUCAGACGCAGCCACCAUCGCUGAGUGGAAGGACGGACUGAACGAGUCAUGGGCAGACCUCCUGGAGCUGAUGGAGACUCGCAGACAGAUGCUGGCAGCAUCGAACCAGCUGCACAAGUUCUUCACCGACUGCAAAGAGGUCUUGGCUCAGAUUGCAGGGAAGACGAAGCAGCUGCCAGAGGUGAGGGCGUGCCAAGCCAACAUCACCAAUCCAGCCACCCUGCAGAGACUGAUGCACUCUUUUGAACAUGCCCUUCAGCUGCUGGUUGCACAGGUGAGACAGCUGCAGGAGAACGCUGCCCAGCUGAGGACAAUCUAUGCUGGGGAGAAGGCUGAGGCCAUCAUGGUCAAAGAACAGGAAAUAAUGGAGGCCUGGAAGGCGCUGCUGAGCUCCUGUGAGGCCAGUCGCGUCCAGGUCACUUCAGUAACAGACAAGGUGCAGUUCUUCUCUGUGGUGCGUGAAAACCUGAUGUGGAUGGAAGGCAUCAUGGGCCAGAUAGGAUGGGAUGAACCCAGAGAUUUGACAGCUCUAGAGGUGAUGAUGAAGCAACAUCAGGAGCUGAAAGCCAAAAUAGAUGGACGCAGCAAGACCAUACAGCAGUGUGCAGAUCUGGGCAAGAUCCUAAUAGCAGCAGGCAACCCUGCAUCAGAGGAGAUAAAAGAGAAGCUGGACAGUCUUCUGGCUAAGCAGAAGGAUCUUGUUGACAAAUGGGACAAACACCAGGAGAAGUUACUGUGCAAGCAGGAAAAGUUACAGUUUGCCCAGGAGACGGUAAAGGCAGAAGCCUGGCUGAAGGCCAAGGAGCCGCUCAUCACCUCCAGGGAGCCAGAGGGAGGACAGGCCCAAGCCCAAACAGAUGAGGUUGAGCAACUCAUCCUUCGUCACGAGGCCUUCCGCAAGGCUGCUGUAACCUGGAAAGAACGCUUCAGCUCUCUCCGCCAGCUUUCCGCAGCUGAGAAGAAAAAGGAGGAGGAGAAAAAGACAACCCCACUGUCCAGCCGAAGGAUGUUCCCAUUAUCAUGUCUGACUCCCAGUGUCCCCUCAACCAGUGCUACCUCAUCUUUCUUGAGGCAGACGGUACAGGCACAUAUAGAACCCAAACCCUUACAGACCAGUCUGGAUCUGGGUGCCACCCCUGCAACCCAAAGAUUGUCCUCAACCUUAGCUGGCUACAAUCCAGUUAUAAAUGGAUCAGGCUACCACGCAGUGGAACAGCAAUCCAGUGGGAAGUUGGUGAGCUCGUCAUACCUCGGGAUGAACCACCAGGCAGCCGUUGGUGGAAGUGACUCUGGUUUCUCAGCGCUGACCUCCCAGAGUGGUGGAGCAGACACCUCCACCUACCUUGGGAUAAACAAUCAAACUGCUGGCAGUGCAGAGAGCUCUGGGUACUUCGGACUGACCUCUGGAUGUGGGGGUGGUACGCAAAACCAUCAAGGUAGUGGCAGGCUAGGAAGUUCAGGUAACCUAGCUCAGCAGCCAAGUAGUGGAGGAAUGGGAAGCCCUGGCUUUCUCCCUCAACAGAACUUCGGUAGUUCUGGAUAUUUGGCCCAACCACAAAAUACAGGAAGUUCUGGAUACUUGGGACAUCAGCCUAAUUUAGGGAGUACAGGAUAUCUGGCACAGCAGCCUAAUAUGGGGAGUACAGGAUAUCUGGCACAGCAGCCUAAUAUGGGUAGUACAGGAUAUCUGGCACAGCCGCCUAAUAUGGGGAGUACAGGAUAUCUGGCACAGCAGCCUAAUAUGGGGAGUUCUGGGUAUUUGGCGCAGCAGCCUAGUAUGGUGAGUUCUGGAUACCUAGCACAGAAUUAUCCAAGCAGUGGGGGAUUGGGAAGCUCAGGCUUUCUGGCACAAAAUCACUACAGCAGUGGAAGUCUGGGCAGUUCUGGUUACCUGGCGCAGAGUGGUGGCAUCAUGGACCCUAAAAUGGCAUAUGCAUGGCAGCACCUGAAAGCUGAUUUCAUGCAGCCCAGGAUCAACCACAUCCACAAGGCUGUCAACCCCCUCCUAGAAGCUAGCAGAGUGCAGCGGGAACAGUUUGGGGACAUCCCAAUGGCAGACAUGGUGGGGCCAGAGUCAGGACUGGAGCUUCUCCACGGGCGUCUCCAGAGGGAUCCUCGUGGCAGCCGCUCUGAUCCUCAGAUGGACCAUCUGAGGCGAGAGAGGGAGUACAAGCUGGGUAGACAGACCUCCAGCGAACAGGAGAUCCAGGCCAGGCUGAACGAGCUGCCGCUGAUUGUGCGUCAGGAGCGCUAUCGAAGGCGCCUGGAGAGGCAGUCGUCCAGUGAGCAGGAGGGUAGCAGCAAGCAGAGGCUGCAGAGACAGGACUCCAGUGACCUGGAGGGCUCUGUUAAGGAGGGCUCUGACAAACGCUCAGGGGACAAGAGACAACAGACCAUGGCUGAGAUUGUGGAACAGGUCCAGGAGAGAGAGGCAGCACAUGCACGAGGAGAGUCUUAUCGCCCUCCAAGCAGCCUCUCAGCACCCGUGACUCGUUUUGACGGACGUCCUCGUGCCAGAGACCGCCCCAAACCAAGAAGGAGGCCCCGUCCGAAAGAACCUGAGGAGACAAGACGCUCUCGUUCAGCUCCAGCUACUGGUGCCCCAACAACACCUCAGCCGCCUUCACACACUGCCCAAAACGAAGGUUUCCUCUACCGCAAAAAGGCCACCACCUCUGACCUUGAAGCUCAGCAGAGAAGCCCAAAUAGUAAGUCCUGGGUGAACGUAUACUGUGUGCUGAAAGAGGGACAGUUGACCUUCUACAAGGAUGCCAGGAACCACACCACAACAUACAAUGAGGAGCCUCCUGUAGACCUCAGUACCUGCACAUUUGAUCCUUCAAUGGGAUACAAGAAGAAGAAAAAUGUCUUUAUUCUUCAAAUGAACGAUGGAAACAACUUUGCAUUCCAUGCAAAAGAUGAGGAGGACCUGAAGGCCUGGACUUCAAACAUCACCACCUGUAUAGCUGAGCAUGAGGCCAUGGCCAAGUGGGACAAGCCAGUCACCUCGUCCAUGGACCCAGAUCACUCGGAGAGGAAGGAGAAGUCGGAGGGCGACGCAGAUGCCAGGUCAGAGAGGUCGGAGCUGGCUGAAGGAGAGGAGAGGUCAGAGAAGGAGAGGUCAGAGAAAGGGGAUGGCUCUGAGAAGUUAGACACGUCAGAGCUUGCCGACAAAAUGGAGGGAGGGGCAGGGGGCUCCAGCACCUCUGGAAAGAGCAAAUGAGGAGCACCUUUGUGUUUUAACAUUACUCACUGACUGAAGGCGUAGGAGGCAGUGGGUGGGAGGGAUGGAUGGAGAGCAUGUGCAGCUAGGUUUGCAGAUCCUCAGUCACAGAGCUGGAACACACUGAGGCCAUGGGCUAUUGUUACUGUGACAGACUUAUCUCUCAGCCCCUCCCCUUCACCCAGGCAAUACAUCAGUGCUUGCAUUGUGCCACCUGCUGGUAGAUAGGAGGUUGGCUCAGACAGACAGACUCCAACAAGUGGUCCCAGGAAUUAGUCACCGUCACGUCCCAUCGUUGAUCGUUUAAUCUCUUGGAUUCACAGCAUCUUUCUGUAUGUAUCUUUGACUGAUAAUGUAAUGCUCUGUCUAGCUAGACGAACCCGAGAAGUGGU